GCGCGCGGGGCGGCCUACGCAGGGCGCGGGCUGGCGGCGGAGGUUAUAAAGCCGCGGAGCAAAGCGGCGGCCGGGCCGUUUGAUCCCGAGACCUCGGCGGGGCGGCGAGGCGAGUGCGCUGGGACCCAGCGGGGCGGGAGCGAGGCGCCGCCGAAAGAAGAAUCCAGAAGAAUGUCUGCACUGAACUGGAAGCCAUUUGUUUAUGGAGGCUUAGCUUCAAUCACUGCAGAAUGUGGUACUUUUCCAAUUGAUCUCACCAAAACACGUCUCCAGGUUCAAGGUCAAACUAAUGAUGCCAAAUUUAAAGAGAUUCGUUACAGAGGAAUGGUGCAUGCACUAGUGAGGAUAUGGAAAGAAGAAGGGUUGAAAGCACUGUAUUCUGGGAUUGCCCCUGCAAUGUUACGCCAGGCUUCAUAUGGAACAAUAAAAAUAGGCACUUACCAAAGCUUGAAGAGAAUGUUUGUUGAGCAACCAGAAGAUGAAACCCUGGUGGUAAAUGUAUUAUGUGGCAUUCUUUCGGGGGUGAUUUCAUCAUCUAUUGCCAACCCUACAGAUGUUUUGAAGAAUGAAAACAAAUUGUUUAUAGCUUCCCAUUGCAUAGAAGGGGUAGUGGAAGUAUCAACACAGAUCAGAAUGCAGGCCCAAGGCAGUGUGAUUCAAGGAGGAAUGAUGGGCAAUUUCAUACAAAUUUACCAAAAAGAAGGCACUAGAGGACUAUGGAAAGGGGUGUCCCUAACAGCUCAGAGAGCUGCUAUUGUUGUGGGAGUGGAGCUGCCGGUCUAUGAUCUCACCAAGAAGCACAUAAUUAUGUCUGGACUCAUGGGAGACACUGUGUAUACUCACUUCGUCUCAAGCUUCACCUGUGGAUUAGCUGGAGCACUUGCAUCAAAUCCAGUUGAUGUUGUGAGGACACGGAUGAUGAAUCAGAGAAAAUUUCAAGAUGGAACACAUUCAGGGUACAAGGGUACUUUGGAUUGCUUGUUACAAACCUGGAGGUAUGAAGGCUUUUUUGCUUUAUAUAAAGGAUUCUGGCCAAACUGGUUGAGACUCGGUCCUUGGAAUAUUAUCUUCUUUUUGACAUAUGAACAGCUGAAGAAAUUGGAUUUCUGAAAGAUGCUAGAUUGUGUAAUAAAUCAGUAAACUGUAUUGACAUGGUAUUGGAACUCAAGGCAUCUUUUUAAAAAUGCUCUUCAGUGUUUUCUCAUCAGAGCAAAGGACUUGCUGGCAAAAAGCAGGAGGAUCAUCAGAAGAACAUUGUAAAUCAAGACCAUACAUAAAAUGAUCUCAGAACUGUGGAUGCUUAACUGAUGUGCCAAAUGCUAUGCACCAAUUAUUGAAAUGGAACCUAAAGUUGGCAAUACUCCUCUAUCAACUGUUUAAAUGCUGUUGGACAUAAUGUAUGGUACAACUCCAGAGGUUUUUCUGCUGAAAUGUUUUACUUCUGGAUGAAAUCUUAAUAGGAAAAGAGCUACAUCUAUGUUUGUCCAGAGGUAAAUAGGUAAUGGAAGAGCCUCACUCUUUUGUCCAUACUAAUGAAACUUGAUGUAUUAAUGUGGUCAUAAAUAGUUGAUUACGCUUCUGAAAUUUUUGAUGUCUUGGAGUUAAAGUGCAGGACAUUGAAAAUUUUAUUCUAAGUGACUCCAGGACUUUGUAAAAAUACUUGUUAAAUGAACUUCUGGAUUCAGAGCACAUUUCUGUUGCUGUCUGUCAUUUAAAUGUAUUGUAACUUAUGUUGGGAGCAAUGAAGCUUCAGUUUAACAUGACUUGUUGUUGUCACCGUUUUCCAUGUUUGAGAAAAGUCUGGCAUUUUUUAAGAUACCUUAUUCUUGGUCUUCAAUAGAAGGGAUUCUGACAGGUUUCAUCAAGAAAUUAAUAUCUAUAGACUUUAAAAAAAAUGUAGUAAAAAUAGAGCAUUCACUCUCCCAUCUGCCUCUUGUGAAAGAGGGACUUAAUUUUUCAAUACUUGUUUGAUUCUUAUGAAGAGGAACUGCUUUAAGCAGUUAGUGGCCGUCACACAUCACCUGAAAGAUGCAUGCCACACAUUGAGGCAGUUGAACCACUGAAAGCUCAAGAAAUGCAGAUGCUUACAGAGAGCAUACAUCCAAAAGAGGCAAUCUAAUGUAUUGUUACUUUCCUAAACAAGAAUUAGAGAAUUGUGCUAAUCAGUGUUGAUACUUUUAUUCAGGAAAAUGAGUUCAGUUGAAGUUAUUUCAAUAGAACUUUUAAGAGCAGUGUGAGUUGACUUCUGUGUAGGUUCUGCUUUUUCUUUGAAUUGUGCAGCAAAACUUUCUGCCAUAAACUAAAGAAAAUUAGUAUCAGGGUUACUGUAUGAAUGCAGUUUAUUCAGUUACAAAAGCAUGGGAGUAAGUGAAGUGAAGAAUGCCUAUUCUGGAUCCAUUGCGGCUUGUAGUGUAGGAUUAUUAAGUGUACAGUUAGUUGUGGUGUAUUGAGAUUUUAUCUUGAAACAUUCAUUACAAUAUCUGCAUAUUCAUACAUUGCACUUAAAGCAAUUCAUGUUCUAGUGUGGAUUUCACUCUUAAUAUUUCAGUGUUUAAAUGGUUGGUUUCAAGAUGCACAAAGUAGGUAUUUUUUAAAUGCACAAGGCACUUUUCUUCUGAAAAUACCAAGUGUUAAGGUAAAAGCAUUACUUUUCAAAAUGUUCGAAUGUUUUUAAGGUAAAAAUUAUGAUGCAUAGUUAUGCUUGUGUGUGCUGUCUGUAUUACUGCAAUUAAAGUUUUGUGUAGAAAUCUUUGUAAAAUAUUUUUUGUACAGAAUGUAAAACAAAAUUAAGGAUAUAUCAUUUAAACUUUUUAGAACUUAAACACUUUUUAGAAUGAAUAAAAUGCAUUGUUGCUAAGUUGAGGUACAUUUGCUUACAAAUGGAACCUAGGGAUGGUUCUGAGGCAUUUGGUUAGAGUGUACUUAGGGUCAGUAAGAGAAUUUUCUGCUGGUACUGGAAACUGUAUGUUGUAAUUCAUCAUUUAGCUACAUUAAAAUAGAGUUCCUGUAACUAAAAAUGUAUAUUUCAGACAGUGUCUCAAUAGGCUAAUAGUAACAGAAAUCAUGUGGAAAGUUUGACAAGCUAAUUCACUUCGUUUGACAGGCUUGCAAUUGUAGACCCAAGGGCUCCAUGAUAGAAAGAUCAGACAGUCCUUUGCAUGUUUGGUACCCCCCGCUGCUUAACGCCAGUAUCUUUGAUCCCAAUUGGAAUGCCUUUGUUUGCAAAGGGUUGCUGUGGGUAAAAUGGAAAUCCUGACAGUAACUACAAGUGUUUAGAAGUCCUCACAGUUCUCACUGUCCUUCUUAUGCUGCCCUGAUGUGACGGAAGAAUUAGUGAUUCCCAACCUUUUCCAAACUGAGAGUCCACGUUACAGCAGAAGAGUCUUGGGACUACAUUCCCAUCUAACUAUAAAGAGAAGGAACGGUGUUUGCAAUUUCCCAGAGUGAGAAGCCAUGCCACAGAUACUUAAAACACUGGCCAACAAUCCUAAAUGGCAUGAAGGCAUCAAAAUAACCUUGCCCAGCAGUGCCAGGGCUCUUAAAUAACUUUUCUUAAGGAAAAGUCUGGGGGGGAGGGAGAUAUUUUAAGCUAAGUUAAAUGUUUGAAAUUAUCAGUUUUACUUUCAUCUACAAUUACAGAAUGAGCCUCUUGCAGAAAUGUUCUGUAUUUUUCUGGUAUGACUGAAUUUUCAAUAUUGCUUGAUAUGCAGAAUAAGCAGGUUACCCCAAUCCACUGUACCAAAAAGUUGAGUUUGUGGGUAAUGUAUAUGCAAGUAUAUUGUCUCAUUUGCAGUAAUGUGCACCACCAGUCAAAUGACAUUACUAACCUUUCAUGCUGCAACUUAUCACAUUGAAAGGGGUAUGCAAAUAUUCAGAAAAUCACCAAAGCAAUUAUCUUUAUUGUGCCAAAAAUAUUGACUUAUAAAAUUGCAUCACUUUGUUUUCAUAUUAGAUAAUAUCAGUGUGUUCUGAAAUAUUGAACGUAUGUUUCAUUCAGCCCAAUUUGUUACUGCUGCUCAUAGAUUUAUUGUGCUAGCGAAGUUAUUUAUUCAUAUGGAAUGAUACAGGGAAACUGAAUGUUUUUAUACUUUGUGUUCACAUGCCUUAUCUGCAUGGGAAAAUGUAUCUUAUUUCAGCAUAAUAAAUACAUGUGCGGGGAGAAUGUAAGAUGCUUUGGCCUUUGGGGAUCUAAAAUAAAUUUUUAACUAAACUCA